CCGAAAAUCCUCGAGGAGGAGGAGCAGCGGCACCAGGGCCCAGGCCCCUGCGCGCCGGGCCCCCGUCCAGGAGGCGCGCCCGAGCGCCGGGUCUCCCCGAAGCGGCGGCGAGCCCGGCGGCGAUCCCGCGCGGCGGCUGCCCCCGGGCUCGGCCGCGGAGUACUACAGCAGCACCUACGGCGGCUGGGUGCCCGCGCUGGUGAAGGGCUUUGACGACCGCAGAGGCACCUACGUGCUGGACAUGCCGUCCCAUCGCGCUGCUGGACAAGGUCCGGCCCGUGAGGGGCACGUCCGACGACCUGGCCGCGACGGCGCCACAGGCCGCGCCGCUCCCGGCGGGCCCUUCGCCCGUGCCGGGCGUGCCGACGCAGGCGCUCGGGCCCCUGCUGGCCGCCGCGGCCGCCGGGGCGGCAGGGCGCGGGCCAGGAGACCCCCGCCCUCUGAGCCGGGGAGUCCCGCCGCGCCGGGGGCCGUGCCCUGCGGGCUCUGCGGGUCGUCGGGCGUGCCGGCCGAGGGCUUGCAGGGGCUGGAUUGCGGGCACCGCUUCUGCGCCGCGUGCCUGCGUGGCCACGCCUUGGGGUCGCCGGACUUCCUGCAGGAGAGCCCGUCGCGUGCCCGCUCUGCCCGGCCACGCUGAGCCGCGCGCAGUUGCGGCAGGCCGUCGGCGAGGAGGCCUUCGUUGCCCGCCAGGC